AUGUCGAAACUCGCACCGGCCAUUGAGCUGACCUCGCCUCGUUUCUUUGACCUCGACGAUGAUGACGUACUUGUCGACGAGGAGGCAAGGAUCGACAUCAGUCUUCCAAAGCCCCGACACAUUAAAGACUCCGUUCAUGACUAUAUUACGAUCGCCGAUCCGAUGGUGCAAGCUUUCAUCGACAGUCCGCAGAUUCAGCGACUUCGGUAUAUCAAGCAGCUCGGUACUGCGUACUUUGUUUGGCCAGGAGCCUCACACAAUCGGUUUGAGCAUAGUCUGGGUGUUUGUCACUUGGCCGGACUCCUCGUGGAGCGUCUUCGGACAGAGCAGCCAUAUUUGGGGAUUGACGACCGUGACGUGAGGUGUGUGCAAUUAGCUGGUCUAUGUCAUGAUCUCGGUCAUGGUCCAUUCAGCCAUGUAUGGGAUGGACUGUUCAUGCCAGAAGCGACUGGAGAACCAUGGGCGCAUGAAGCUGGUUCAGAGAUGAUGCUUGAUUACCUCGUCGAGGACAACCAAAUCGAUGUACCUGAAAAAGACGUCACCUUUGUUAAGGCAUUGAUUGCUGGAGAUUCUGAACGAUGCCCAUAUGAAAAGAAGUUCCUGUUUCAGGUUGUGGCGAACAAGUUAAAUGGCAUUGAUGUGGAUAAAUUCGACUAUAUGCAGCGAGAUUCUCAUUGCUUGGGUAUAUCGUGUCCCGUUGAUGUACAUCGGUACGCCAUAUAUCUCGAGCACAAGCGGAUGGUCGCUCAAUCGCACAACAGUAUCAUAGGCAGCUCUCGAGUGAUCGCCAACACCAUAUGCUACAGCAAUAAAGAUGCAUAUAAUAUUUAUGAGUUAUUUUACUCCCGGUAUUCUCUUCAUAAGCGCAUUUAUAAUCAUAAAGCAGCUGUGGCUAUCGAGCAUAUGAUCGUUGAUGCUCUGGUAAAAGCAGACCCCGUUCUCAAGCUGGUCGAACAAACGCGGGAUCCCAGACGGUACCUGUAUUUGACGGAUUCUGUCGUCCAGGAGGUGGAAAAGUCUAUCGAUCCCGCCUUGGAGGAGUCCAGAGAAAUCAUCCGACGACUUCGCGUCCGCGAUCUGUACAAGAUUGUGGAUUAUGUUAUCCUGCCCAGCAAUUGGCACGAUAUCUGGAAGAGAACGGGGCGUUUGACACCAGAGAGCAUUGUGCGUCAAGCGAGAGAGGAGCAGCUGGACGAGGAGGAGCGUUUGCAACCGCAGGAUCUCAUCAUCACCUGGUCUGUGCUUCACUUCGGCUCAAAGGAACAAGACCCGAUCCGCUCGGUUCGGUUUUAUUCAUGGCAGAGCCCGCACAAGGCGUACAGAGCAAGGAAGGACUGGAUCUCACAGGUCACGGCUGAUCAGUGGCAGGAGGUACUCGUCCGCUGUAUCGUCAGGGAUCCCAGGCACGUUGGUCCCGGUCUCAUACGUAUGCCGGUCGCCCCGACCGCCUCAUCUUCUCAGGCACCUUCGCCUAUGCUCUUAGCAUCCUCUGGGGCAGCUGUCCCUGGUCUGGGUAUCUCUGCAAUUCUCCCUCCGCCCGCUUUUCCUGGUACACCCGGGCCCCCAACCCGAGAGCAGACACCUAACCCGUUUACAACUGUUCACUCCAAGUUCGCGAUACAGUCGCCCAUGGAGUCGCCCAUACGGCGGAGGAAGAGAGACGACAUGAACGGUGACCCCUCAGCCUCGCUCCAAUCAACUCCGUUGAAGAAGGCCAGGGUCAACGGUUUUCAUGGAGCUUAA